AUGCAUAACGAACAGUUCUUCCAAGUCGACAUGGACCAUCUCCAAAUUUCCUCGUUCCCCUCUCGAGGUCACCCCCUUUUCCGGCAAAUCCUCACCGUGUUGAAUGGAAUGUUAGCCGCCGCCAAAAACGUCCAAGUCUCGCAAGAAGAGGCGACGCUGAACGAGGAGGAAAUGUCAAUGAGUGACUUUCCAGGAUCGGGACCCGCAACCCCGACAAGUUCCAAGUUUCCCGACGAGACGGAAACUCUGACAACCCCUCAACCUCGGAAGCUGAAUCUCCCCUGCCGGAGCAUUCUUCCCCACAAGGAAAACCUCAACUUCACAGGCAGGUCGGACAUUUUAGCCCAGAUCUACGAGGUCCUGCGCCCCGACAAACCAGAAAAGUCCAACUCCCAAGCCGUCUUCGCGCUGUGCGGACUUGGCGGCGUCGGGAAGACCCAGGUCGCCAUACGGUUCGCCCUGGAGUACAUGGAGUCCUUUGCGGCCGUACUCUUCGCUCACGCUGAUGAGUCUACAAACCUGCUUGGAGAUUUUGCCCGUUUUGCUGUUGACCUGGGUCUCGUGGACGAGGAUGAGCCGGACCACCUCUACAGCUGUGAGCAGUUGAAGAAGUGGUUCGAAGAGACAGACGUACCAUGGCUGCUAGUGCUCGACAAUGCCGAUAACCCGGACAACACGCUCCUGAAGUUCUGGCCACAAUGUAGCAAAGGGGCAGUUCUAGUCACAAGCAGGACCAAAACACUGGCCGCCAAGUUUGGUUGCGACGUUCUCCCUCCCUUGAACGAAGAAGAAGCUGUCGACCUACUCCUGAAAUUAACUAACCAGGAGCAUAUGAAGGCGCCAGGAGCAACCUCCCCUGCUGGCGGAGAGAACGAUGAGCACCAGGAACAGCGAGAAGCCGCCCGACAAAUCGUGCACCGCCUUGGUUGUCUGCCUCUCGGAAUCUACCAAGCAGCCAACUUGAUCGUGAACGAUUCCUGUCUCUUCACCGAGUUCCUCUCAGCCUACGACUACCAUGAUCUCUUCACCUCAACCGAGGACAUGCAGCUCUUCGGAAAUCCCAAUGAGGAGCCCUACCGCCACACGCUUCUGAAUGUUUGGUCCAUGAACUUCGACAACCUGUCCAAGGACUCCCAGAAGCUCAUCAACGUGCUAUCCUUUCUCAACCCGGAUACGAUCGAAUUGGAGAUGCUCGCCAAUGGCGCCGCCAAGGCAUCCAAAGCCGGCGACAGCGGUUGGGCCAUCAUCGACAAUGUCCGAAAGCUAACCAAACAGAAGGCCAUGAUCCUACAGAGCUCUUUGAUGGACCAAAAUGCCGCGACGAAAACGCUCUCCAUGCACAGGUUGGUACAAGCGGCUUGCCAACAGCGGAUGACUCCGGAAAAUCGGCAGGACUCUUUCUACAUGGCAAUUAACCUCGUACAUCACCUGUACCCAGUUGCACCGCGGAAGAAUAGACACCGCCCCGAUCUGUGGCCGACACAGGGGCGCUUAUUGCCGCAUAUCCUGUCAUUGUGUCGUUUUUAUGAAGACUCACAACUCGAAGGCAAGGUUCCCCUAGCCGGGACCAAGGAGUUCGCCGAGCUCCUGUACAACGCUUCAUGGCACAACUACGAGCGGGGCACGUUCGAGCAGUCCGAGCCGCUCCUCCAAGCCUCGGAGCACUAUUGCCUCGCCCACGACGGCUGCGAGCUCAUCCUGGCCGACAUUUACGGCGCCCGGGCGUCGGUCGCAACCGAGACCAACGAGCAGAGCUCGGCGCUCGAGAACUUCAAGCUGCAGUACGAGUUCGUCGACAAGGCGGUCAAGCGGGGCAUGGUGGACCUGCCCGACAUCCGGUACUGCUUCGGGCUCGGCGGCAUGGGCAACGGGAACCAGGGCACCGAGCAGUACGAGGAGGCGGAGCAGUGGUACCGCAAGUGCUUCGACGCGUUUGAGGGGUUGGAUGCUGACAAGCGCAUGUACGGUGGUAAUUUCGCCUUUUGCUUGAUCUGGCAGGGUAAACUUGAUGAAGCACAGGCGGUCAUUGACCCAAUCAUGAACAGCGCUCCCGAUAGGGGAUUCAGAACUGGGUACCUCAUGUACCCGCUGGGAAACCUCCAGAUUGCACGGGGCGAGUUGAACAAAGCCUUCAAGACGCACUCAGACGCCCUCAAGAUCUACCAGACCACCCUCGGCGACAAGCAUCACCGGACUGCAGAUCUGUGCCACAAGAAGGGGUGGCACCACCACGCCCGCAAGGAAUACCCCCAGGCCAUCGAGCUCCUGAACCAAGCUCUGGCCCUUUUCGAAGCCCGCCCCACGUGGUAUCGCAACGAGAGGGCACGGACAAAGUACAAGCUGGGCUGUGUGUUGCAGGACGCGGGGAAGAUGGACGAGGGCAGUCGGCUGAUCAACGAGGCCGAGGAACUCCGCCGUGAGAUCAUUGGGCCGAAUGUGCUGCCGGGAAAUGAGCGGGAGUUUGACAGGCUGGUGAUGUUCUGGUCGCGGUAG